GAUGGUUGUAAUUGCAACCAAAUUUGACAAGCUUUGUCCGAAGAUAUCCGAGAAUGUUGAUCAUCUUUUCAAAAGUCCAAGAGCUAAACAGGCAGUCGCCAAUAUUGCUAGCUUCCAUGGAGUUAACUCAAAUCAAGUGUUUCCUGUGGUCAAUUAUAUUGAUGAAGAAGAACGUCUACACACAAAAGAUCAGUUGGCGUUGACAGCUCUCUAUUGGAUUUAUAAAUCAAUAGAGGGUUACUUAACACAUCAUCCAGAUAGGAAAAUAAUCCCUGACAAUUGGAAAGCUCGUGAAGAUGUGUUGCCUGACUGGACUGAUGAUGCUGAAAAAAGAAAUCUUGUGAGUGAGAAAUUGACACCCUUUGAUGAUAUGAACCUACGGAUCCUGUUAGUUGGUCCUGUUGAUAGUGGUAAAUCGAGUUUUAUCGAUUCGGUUCAUUCUGCGCUUUGUGGUAAAAUUGCUUGGGAUGCCAGCAUUAUGAAUCCGAGGGCAAUGACCGAUCAUAUUUUAUCUACAACAGAAAAGUUCAAGCUUUACCCCGUUGAUUAUGUCGACAGAGAUACAGGCGCAAAACGGAGGAGCGGUAUACGUCUAGGUGAUACACCUGGGUUUCAAGAACAAGAUGGCAUCAAAGAAGAUCAUAUCAAUUCUAUUAUUAGUGGAAAUGUUGCCGACGGCUAUAAAAUAAUUAAUGCAAUUCAAGAUACACAAGAAGACAUUCAGAGGGACCAAUCACCAGGUGACAAAAUGCACUGCGUAUGUUUUGUUUUCGACUGUGAGAAAGUACAAAAAGGCCUCCCAGAAAAUAUUAAAAGAUCAAUGAUUAAGUUGCGUACGAUAAUUUUUGAAAAGGCUUGUCCGCAUAUUGUGCUCCUAACAAAAUGCGACAAAGUCAGCAAUUCCUUGAAAACUAGCAGAAGGAGGAUUUUUGAAGACGGAAAUGUGAGGGAAUGCAAGGAAAGACUCAAGGCUGAGUUCGGGUUUAGACAACAACAGAUAUAUCCUAUAGUUAAUUACGAUGAUCAAAAUGAUGUAGAUAAACAAACUGAUAGACUCAUUUUAGCGGCUUUCUUUGAAAUCCUUGACCUUGGAAAGACACAUAUGGAAAGUGCUGAGGGACAAGAAAAGGAAUGAAAAUUGUUGGUGUUACAACAGAAAGAAAGACUGCACAAAAGUACUUAAUUAAGUUUAUAUAUACACAUGAAUGUAUUUAAUGAUACAAAGUGCCUAAGACAAUUAUAAUAUUUCAUAAUAUUCCAAUCUCUUUGCAAAUUAUAACAUUAUUUUCAUCAAUGUAACAUUAAACAUAUUUUAAAAGGAAUUUUAUUCGAUCAGUCCAAAAGCAUAUCCAUGAAUGUUUGAGUAUCUUCAUCAAAUUAAGUGUUUAUUUGCUUUUUCAUAGUACACAUUUUAUCGCCUACAUUUUUUGAUCCAGAUUAGGUAUUUGAAAACUAGGAUAUUUUUUAUAAUAGUAUGUUAUGUGCAUUGUUUAGGCAGCUGAUAACAAUAUUAAAUGUUUCGAGACCUUAGCUUGUACCAUCAUGCCGAAACAAAUUAGAGACGUCAUAAAGUGUUUAUUUGUUUUGUUAAUCAGUUCCAAUCAUAUUGAAAGUACUUUUGUUGUUUUAAGGCAUGCUAUAUUGUAUGUUAUUGCCAUUCCAUCAGUGUUUUAGAACCACUUUAUAUCAGUUACUGUAGUAUUAAGCAUGUUAUCAUUAUCAUUAAGCUGUGUACUAUGUUGCUUUUGAAGUUAUUACUUUUAUGUUUCCAUUUUUAUUUUAUUGUUUUAGUUUUAGGCGUUUUGGUCAAAGUGGAGCGUUUUUUUUAAAUAAAUGUGAUAUAUAAAAACAAAUAAGCAAGCCUUUUCAGUUUAUUUUGUUUCUUAACAGUUAAGCAGGACAAUCGCCUACUAUCUUAUGUUUAAGUUUUUCUUUCAUCAUUGAUUGAUAAGGUAGUUUAACGCUCAAUUAUAAAAAAUUAUUAUACUUUAAUAUAAGACAUUCUUUGGUAGGCAGGGUUGAAAGAACACUUUGUUAUUUGAAUGUUAAAAAUAAAGCAGUAAACUUUGAUGAUUUUAAAUAAGAAAUAGAUAUAUGGGUUAAUGCAAGUUUAAAUAUGGUGGUAAAUGGUGGAGACUUUAAAAUCAUCAUGAAAGUCUUCUACAUAUACUACUCAACUUCUGUUAAACACAAACAGUUUGUCCCUAUAUUAUGAAAAGUAUAGUAAGUAAAUCAUAUAGUUUUCAAACUUUGAUAAAAAAAUAUCAGGAGGUCUCUGGCGGGGCGAACAGUCGAGAUUUUAACUACUAAAACAGAGGUGGGGCGAAGUGAAAUGGCGAGCUUUUGAAGUAUUAAUUUGGCGGUGGCGCGAACAACAGCACGUUUAUGAAUGUCUUUAGCAAUAAAUAUAUCGUUUCACAGCCGUAUUAAAUAAAAUCCCAACUUUUCGCACCGCACUGCCACUAACUUAUGUGUUUUUGUGCGACAGUUAACAAAUCAUGUCACUGAAAUAUUUGGUAAUAAGCAAAAGUUGUGUAGUAUGUUGUCAGUACAAAAUCAACAUUCAUGUACAAGUAUAAUUAUUGUGUAAAUGAAUAUUGCCUACCUUUUUGGUUUUUGUUUCAUUUUAUAUUAUACGAUAAACUAUUUAUAUGUACCAUUAAUUAAUUGUUCUAAUCUUCGUUUUAAAAUAAAUGUCAACUCCAGGCAUCUUAGUAUGCCAGAAACUCCACCAUAAAACCACCAUAAAAAUUUAAUUUCGUAGAUGCAGGUACGCAUCUUUAAAAAAAUCUACGGUAAAAUAAUUUGAAUGAAGAAUCUUUCUUGAAAUAUACUGCAUUUUAUUUCUCGGUCAAUUUUCAAAUGCCUAGUUGAAGGAAAUUUCUAAUUUUCUUUAGUGCAAGCACGUAUUGGAAUGCAUUGCCAAAUUCGAUUCAAAAGGAGUUUUUUAAAAAAAACUUUAAAAAGGCUGUGGAAUAUAGUAAAUACACAAUAGGUUUCAUCGGCAAGGUUGCUAUAUUCCGUCUAGUAAUAACCGUACUAUUACGAGUAUUUAUCAGUUAUUAAUUAUUGAUAAUCUGUUUCUAAUUAUCAUUGCAAACAAUUUAAUAUAACUAUUUAUUUAUAGGGAGGUAUAAUCAAAACAGAAAUGUAUUGCUUUAAUCGGGGAGUGGGGUGAGGAGUAUUGGAAACAGAGGAUGUCUUUUGUAGUUUUACUUAUUUUCACCCAUAUACAGAGUAGUUGCAAAUAUUUUGUUAUAGAUUUUCAAAAAGAACUGUUUGGUAAAGAAUUUUGUUUUAAAAUCAUUAACUAAUCCAUUGUUAUAACUUAUAUCAUUCAGAUUGUGUUUAUAAAAAUCCAUAAAAGUAUCAAAUUUCUAUAUAGUGAAUUUCUAGUAAUUAUAGAAAUAGUAAUUUCUAUAGGCAAACUGUAUAUCAAAUUCGAAAUGUUGAUUACUAAAUUGUUAUACUUUUUGAUUCUGGUCAAAAUUUACUAAAAUAUCAUUGAAGCUUUUAGGAGCCCUGCAUUUUAUCAGCAGCGAUCCAGCAAUUUUGUUUGAAACACUUUAUUUGUUUUUUUCCUUUUUUAGAUCAUUCAUAUUUGUAUGAUUGUACGUUUAAAACCUGAAUAA